CAGCCAGCCACCAACAGCCACAGCAGCUCGAGAGUUUUGGCGCCGAACCGAAGUGUUGCGGCCUUGAUGGGGCGUGAGAAGACAAGCGAUUGACACGACCGUCGCGUAACUCUUUCCAGGCAGGCUACAUGUGAACUCGCGUGAACAUGAAGCUCGUAGAACAAACUGUCAAGAGCUUCCGCGUUGCCAAAGUGUUCAGAGAAAACACAGACCGCAUUAACAGCAUUGACUUUUCGCCCAAUGGAGAGACGCUCAUCUCCAGUUCGGACGAUGACUCCAUCGUGAUAUACGAUUGUGAGAAAGGAACGCACAAGCGGACGCUGAACAGCAAAAAGUAUGGUGUCGACCUCAUUCAUUACACCCAUGCGACAAACACCGCCAUCCAUAGUUCCACAAAGGUGGACGACACAAUCAGGUACCUGUCCCUGCAUGACAACAAGUACAUUCGCUACUUCCCAGGCCACACCAAAAAGGUGGUGACUCUUUGCACGUCACCUGUGGACGAUCUGUUCCUGUCAGGUUCCCUAGACAAGUCACUCCGGCUAUGGGACCUGCGCUCACCAAACUGUCAGGGGGUGAUGCACCUGACUGGUCGUCCCGUGGGCAACUUUGACCCCGAGGGCCUCAUCUUUGCGGUGGGCCUCAACUCUGAGCUGGUGAAGCUCUAUGACCUCCGCACUUUCGACAAGGGCCCCUUCAACACGUUCAAGCUUCCGCAGGACCGGGACUGUGACUGGACGGGGCUCAAGUUCAGUCCCGACGGCAAGAGCAUCCUCAUCUCGACCAACGGGGCCCUCAUCCACCUCAUCGACGCCUUCCAGGGGACGCCCCAGCAGACCUUCACGGGCCACACGAACAACAAGGGCAUCCCCCUGGAGGCAUCCUUCAGUCCAGACUCGCAGUUUGUGUUCAGCGGCUCGACGGAUGGCCGGGUGCACGUGUGGAGCACGGCGGAAGGAGGCACGCGCACCGCGGUGCUCAGUUGCGACCACACGGGGCCCGUCCACUGCGUCCAAUUCAACCCCAAGUACAUGAUGCUGGUCUCUGCCUGCACGAACAUGGCCUUCUGGCUGCCGAGCAUAGACGACAACUUGUGAAACCGAACCACUGCUGAGUGGCAGCACGACUGUUGCAAGGCCAGGAGGCUUACCGAACAUUCUGUGGCAAAGGGUCCAUCGCCGUGCUUGCCUCCUCGUCAUUGUAGCCUGCUUUGCCGCCGUUUCUUAAGUUAUUGGAGACUCAUGAGAAGAGAGUGGCCACUGGCUGCCCUGCCCCCCCCCCCCCCCAGCUUUCGUCAAUGAUCGCUUGUGUCGCUGCUCGAAUUCAUCGAUCUCAGCAUCGUUCUUCGAUAUCUCCGAACUGCGCUCUUAUACUGAACUCUACUGGUCGUUUUGGGGAAGGCCUUUCAGAGAGUCCUUGAGCAAACGCUCAGAUUUGGCAACUCUAAAUCUUGCAGACGAAAAAGUCUGCGCUUGUUUACAGCAGAAAUUACUCCUGUGACAUGACAUGCUCUGGAACUUAAUGACAGCAGAGUGAGGGAUGCGACUUCUUUGGAUUUAACCGAUUAGAAUUAACUGCUUGAAAAUCAAUUCUCUACUGCGAGCCAAAAAAAAAAAAAAAUAAGCCUGCUCCGAGUUGACCAGGGGUGUUCACCUUUAAUGAUGCAGCUCCAUUCGAGGUGUACUGCUGUUUGACUAAAGUAAAUAUCCUAGUUCAAAUGGUUAAUGUGUGGCAGGAAGCUAUAAAGGAAACAUAAAGUUUACCUCAUUCCUCAUAAUAUUUCCGGUUCCUGCAUGCAACUGUCACACCGUUUUAGUUACAAGCGAGCCUUGCACACGCAUUAUUUUAACCACUGCGCAUUAGGUGGUUUUUCUCUCGUGCUCAUACAUGUGCGACAUUUUUGACGGGGGAAGAAGGGCUCUGCCCAUGUCAGUUUGGGGAAGUGUGUGUUUCGAGGGAAUUGACAGCUGUUUUUGUCACCAGUGCACCUCGGAAAGUGCUACAUAUGUGAGAGCGCAGAGACUGCGCCCUGUUUGCCUCUUCUAUCGUUUUGUCAAAAGCUGGUUGCUGACUGUUCCCCCUUGUUUUGUUUUUGUCCAUUGUUUUCAGCUUUUAUCCUCCUGUUUCUUGUCACCAUAUCAUUUGCAUCAAUGAAGGCUCCUUUUGUUGGU